AAAGAGAUAAAGAACCAUGUAAAUAUUAAGUUGGCGGCACUCAAAACUUGGUAUUUGUCCCAGACCCAGCCUGCCAUUUUGUAAAAUAGAAGGGAGAUAAAAAAUAGUUUUAUGGUGUUAAAAUUUUACAUAAACGCCGUUGCCAUUUCUCUAAGGGCCCAUAACAAAUGUUUAAAUGGACGCAUCGUCCAUUAUAACUCAAGUGUCACGGGAUGACGAACAAUUAAACAACUAUGGAUCCGACAGAGGGCCAUCCCCUGGCGGGCAGCAUAACGAUGGCGAUGGGACUCCCGUGUCGGGCUCCACGCCCCUCGGCAGUAAGAAGUCGGGCGGGACUGGCGGGUUCCUGCGCUCGCUGCUAUGUUGCUGGCGCGGCGGGCGAGGCAAGGGCCCGCCCGGCGGGAAUGGCGCGAACAGCAUCGACGGCAGGGCUUCGCCUCCGCUGCUGGUUAUGUCGGACCACAUACCGCGGCCGCUGUUACCGCCAGUAAGACACCAGGAUAUGCACAAAAAGUGUAUGGUCAUUGACCUGGAUGAAACUUUAGUACACAGCUCUUUUAAGCCUAUAAACAACGCAGACUUCGUGGUGCCGGUGGAGAUCGACGGCGCGGUGCACCAGGUGUAUGUGCUGAAGCGGCCGCACGUGGACGAGUUCCUGCGGCGCUGCGGCGAGCUGUACGAGUGCGUGCUCUUCACCGCCUCGCUCGCCAAGUACGCGGACCCCGUCGCAGACUUGUUGGACAGAUGGGGCGUGUUCCGUGCGCGCUUGUUCCGCGACAGCUGCGUGUUCCACCGCGGCAACUACGUGAAGGACCUCAACAGCCUCGGCCGCGACCUGCGCCGCGUCGUCAUCGUCGACAACUCGCCCGCCUCCUACAUAUUCCACCCGGACAAUGCUGUACCUGUCGCGUCAUGGUUCGACGACAUGACAGAUUCAGAACUUUUGGACUUGAUACCGUUUUUCGAGAAACUGAGCAAGGUGGACAGUGUGUAUACAGUGUUGCGCAACUCCAACCACCCGUACAACCCCACACAGAACAACUCGCCGCCCACAUAGCCGCGGCCCUGACCCCGAGCGCACGAGCGAGCGCGCCACGUGCGCCGCGCGCGCUACGUCCGCGUGCCCGCGCACGAGCACGUGCGCCGCGAGCGCGUGCUCCGCGAGCACGUGCGCCACGAGCACGUGCUCCGCGAGUCGCGCGUCGGCCACGAGUUGGUCCCGGCGACGUCGCGCCCGCUGACGCUCCUCGAGACGCUCAUCAAGAAAGGGGCGAACUUCGUCUUAAGUGCCAAUUUUGCCUUCUGGUUAGUAAGGACGUUAUUUGUACCUAUUUUACAUUUUAGGUAUUUCUUAGUGCGUAAGUGGUCCGUGUAGAUGUAUUGCGAUCUUUAUUUUUUUUUUAACCGACUCUUCUUCAUAGGCGAGACUAUUUUUUUUUUUGGUAUUGUUUGGGAUGCGGUUUUGACUUUUUGGAGUGUUAUAAUAAUGUUCCGAAAUAUUUACUAAUGGUAUUUUUUUUUAAUUCAAGCAUUAAAGUACCGUAUCCCAAAUUGGUGUACCUACCAAGUAACUUCUUGUUGAGCUUCCGUGACUAGAUGUGCAUCUAACUAUCCGACUAUAUGUAAUUUAAUAUGAAUUUUAACGAAUCGAUGAUUUUUUUUGUGAACGAUGAAACUAUUUAUGCGAAAUCAAUUUCAACUUUUUUAUAUCGUGCUUGGGAACAAAUAUAAGUAAGUUAGGAUAUUGCGAACGGUUAAGGUUUAGGGGUUUAUUAAGUGUUACGUAAACGCAUUGACAAUAUAAUGGAGUUCUAUGAAUUGCAAGACAUUUUGAUUUUACAGCUGUAAGCUUCACUACGUCUAAUUUUUUUAAUAAAUAUUCAGAAAAUACUUUAAUAAUUUUAUUAUAGCCAAGAAAUUAGAUGACAUGCAAGUACUUCUCCAUCUGCAAAAAUCUGUAAUAAUUAAUGUUACUCAAUGGAGUUUACGUAAUACUAGAAAGGAACCCCGACAUAGAAAUUUCGACUUGGUUUGCUUUUUCUAAUGAAAUUAAACUUAACAAUCUAUAGACUCGAUGUAAUCACGAAUUUUUGCGAUUCGGCUGUUAUUUACACGUAAGUUUUACCCAGCCGUACGGUAGUGUAUAUAUUAUAAUAUUUUUAUCAUGUAUAUGUAAAGGUAUAUGGUAAGCUCUUAUGUCUCUCACACAUAGGUAGAAAAUUCUGAUUGAAACUAUACUUCUCAUCAAAAAAAUCGAAACAGUCCGCUAUUA